UGUUCAAAGUCCAAAAAUGCAAGACUGGAGCAGAAAGAGCGAAUAUUGAAGUAGUAAAACACACAAUAUGUGCAUUAAAUUAAGCAAAAUUCGUAACAGGGUGAGCUAAUGUGCUGUGCGAAGUUCGAGAAAAGAGAAGUAGCUGUCUUAGUGUUGUGGGUGUGCAGAUGAGAAUUGCAUGCAGAAUGCAGAAUUCAGUUGAAUCCCUGAUAAAUGUUUUAGAGUCCUACAGAGGAAGAGAUAAAGUGAUCAGGAUUCUGUGCUAUGGAUCUCAGCUGUUAGGUGGAGUUCUAUCUGGCAAGAACUCACAGUCUUCAUUGGGGAGAAGUCUCCUGCUCUUCUCUGCUCAGUUGAGUCAGUGCAGAACCACACUCAGGCUCUUUGAUGACCUGUCCAUGUUGGCAUACUCAACGAACUAUGGGUUAGGAUCCACGGAGGAGGAUGCUUUGGUGCGUUGGAUGUCCAUUCUGAAUAAUGUAGCUGAUCAGUUGUAUUACCCCUGCGAGCACAUCGCCUGGGCAGCAGACGCGGAACUCAUCAAAACCAAAUCUGACAGGUGGUGGGUGCUGAGCACAGUCCUCUGGGGCAUGUCGCUGCUCUUGAGUGUACUCAGAUCCAUUAGACUUGUCUGGAUUCUGAAGAAGAAAGUGCAAAAGUGUCAAAGGGCAGGUUCAACUGACAGCAGGGAGGAAGCAUUUGCUCACAGAGCUACUCUCCGGAGGCAGAUCCAGAGGGAAGUCUUCAGUAUCCUGAGCAGCCUGGCAGAUCUCAGCAAUGCCAUUCACUGGAUGCCGCCUGGAUUUCUUUGGGCUGGGCGGUUUCCUCCGUGGCUGGUGGGACUGAUGGGAACAACCUCGUCUCUGAUCGGCCUGCUGCACUUGAGUUCCAGUGAUCAAGGGGCAUGUUCCUGACUAAUGUGUUGAUGGAUGGUUUUACACUUCAAAUCUGUGGCAGACACUCAUGUUGAUUCCAAACCUGUGAAUAAUUUGCCUUUAAAUAAAUGGCUGCCGCUUGCUUUGGUGAAUCAGCACUGACAGAUAGAACAGCAGCUGUUGUAUUUAGCCAUGUGAAAUUUUAAACAGUUGUCUAGAACUGUUGUUAAUUCUGCACUGGAAAUGAAUAGUUAAAUGUACUAUUACAUUUUAAAUAGAUUCAUACUCUUAUAAAGAGAUAUUAUGCAUUUAGAUGCUCAUGCAUUAUGCAAAAUAAAUUAUUUUUUCAGUGAUUGUUAUAAA